ACUUAAGGCUCAUGCGCAUGUGAAUGGAACUAUUUGUGUCCUGUUUUCUGGCAAAAGUGAUACAAGAAUUUUGUUGGAAAGAAAGAUUAUAGUAGUUAAAGUUAGAUAAAUAAUUUUGUUUGAGAUUACAGUAACUUCAGUCAGAACAAUGGCUAAUGCUAUAUACAACCUUUUGUUCAAACGAACUUCGACAGUCAUUGUAGUUAUAUUAGCAAGUAGUUUCGUAUUUGAGCGAUCGGUUAAUUUAUUUUCGGAUAAAAUGUUUGAGAGCAUUAAUAAGGGGAAACUUUGGAAAGACAUAAAACACAACUAUGGAGCAUAGGUAGUACAACGUUAAUUGUGCUAUGUUAGAUGUUCAUGUACAUAUAUAACGAUGUAUCAAAUACUUGUAUUAUGUUUCUUUCAUUACACAAAUAAAAAGUAAUUUAUUACACAUAA